CGCGCUGUGGACGCCAGUGACGCAGUCUGCGCGUAAAGUACGUAGGAGUGGAACAGCAGGGAAUAAGGACUCUGUCCAGAAACAGUCUGAAAAACGAAAGUUCAUGUGUGUAAACUUGAGACUGGUGACAAGCUCAGGCGUAACACAGUCAGGAAGGAAAUACAGUGACAUUUUUCAGGCUCUAUAUGUUUCCGGGAGCUGUUCAGAGAUCAUCGUGAGUCCUCAGUCAGCAGCAGAUGAAAACAGCAAUGUUUGAAGAACAUGUCUCACAAAGAAGAUAAUGAAGGGAAAAAGAGCCCUCAUCGCACUGAAUUGUACGCCAACAUCCCUCGAACAUGUCUGCCCAUUGUCUACCACCCAGACUACAACAUCACCUUCAUGGGCCUGGAAAAGCUCCAUCCAUUUGAUGCUGGGAAGUGGGGGAAAGUCAUUCACUUCUUGAAAGAGGAGGAGUUCAUCACCGAUGAGAACCUUGUGGAAGCCCGUGAAGCUACUGAAGAGGAUCUGCUGGUGGUUCACACCAAACGCUACCUCAACAGAUUAAAGUGGUCACUGGUGGUGGCAACAAUUACAGAAAUUCCUCCCCUCAUGUUCCUGCCUAAUUUCCUGGUGCAGCGGAGAGUGUUGAGGCCUUUGCGGACUCAGACUGGAGGAACAAUAAUGGCAGGAAAACUGGCUGCUGACCGAGGAUGGGCUAUCAAUGUAGGAGGAGGCUUCCACCACUGCUCUGGGGACAGGGGAGGGGGGUUCUGCGCCUACGCUGACAUCACUCUGGCCAUCAAGUUCCUCUUUGAGAGAGUGGAAGGCAUCUCCAAGGCUACCAUCAUCGAUCUGGAUGCUCAUCAGGGAAACGGACACGAGCGAGAUUUCUUGGAUGACAAGAGAGUGUUCAUCAUGGAUAUGUAUAAUCGUUACAUUUACCCCGGGGAUACAUAUGCCAAAAAAGCCAUAAAGAGGAGGGUAGAGCUGGACUGGGGCACUGAAGACUCUGAGUACCUUCAGAAGGUUGAGCUCCACUCUGAGGGAGCGCUGAACGAGGUCCGGCCUGACAUAAUCGUCUACAACGCAGGGACAGAUAUCCUGGAUGGGGACCCACUUGGAGGACUCUCCAUCUCUCCGCAGGGCAUUGUAAAAAGAGAUGAGAUUGUGUUCAGGGCUGCAAGGCGGCGAAACAUCCCCAUACUCAUGGUGACAUCUGGGGGAUACCAGAAGAAAACAGCCCGUAUCAUCGCUGACUCCAUCCUGAACCUACACCAGCAGGGCCUGAUAGAAGCAGAGGCUCUGGAGGCGGAGGGGUCGUCUUCACUGGUGACCAGCAUGAUGUGCAGCUCUGGAUCUGAGGGGUCCAAAUUUACGACUGUCUGAGAUGCAUAAACCCUGGGGUCCUAACUCACAGGUGUGUCAUCCCCAUAGGUGAUAAUUUAAAGCACUGAAGUAACUCUGUUCUGUGCAGCGACUGUGACAUGAUAGGUUACUGCUGUCACAUAACAAGGAGCUUAUCUAAAGUUAGUGAAUGUGUGGUUAAUCAACACUUGUUUGCACAUUAAUGACAAAAAAAGGAGCCUUUUUGUAUUUUAUGUUUCUGUGUAUAAGUUGGCGAUGACUCAAAGGGAGUAAUCACUCAAAGAGAAGAAUGAUCCUGAAACAAUAACACUCUCCUGACUCAGAUUCAUAAGCUCCCCCAAAAAGCUACAAAAAGAGUAGUUCAAAUAUUCAUUAGAGGAAGAAUAAUGGUUUCUAUGUUUAAUGUAUCUUGGGUGCAGAGUUUUAGGGAGGUAUUCUUUCAUCUCAGGAAAUGUGAAUACGUCAUGUGUAAAAGAUUUGAUGUAUUAAUAGUAGAUGAAAUGGUAAAGAGGUUUGAUAUUCUUACAGAUACACAGGGAGUGUAGUAAUUAUACUCCAUUCUGGUGAACGGUUGUGGAGGUGAAACAAGAUAAUUUCACAUGAAAGCAGUAACUAUCAAACUUAACCUGAAGGUGAUGUUUAAUCCUCUUAGAGAUUAAGUGUUCUUCAUCCCUCAUUAGCAUUUAGUUUCAUCAUAUCUGGUACACAUAGUGGUUUUCACAAGAUAGUAUUGUAGAUAGUACAAACCUUAUGCCGUUUAUCAUCAUUUUAAACUUAAGCUUUAAAUUCACUUUGUCUCUUCAGUUCAUGUUUACAUGAAGCCCUCUAUGGUUUUAUUGUUGGUACUAAAGCCUGAUUUAUACUUCUGCGUCGAAUUGACGGGAGCCUACUCCGGAGGAUCAAUAAGGAUCAAUAAGACUCAUGAAGCUCCUGUACCUACGCAAAAUGUAACUGCUCGUAGAAUUGACAUGGACCGCAAGCCCUGUGAUUGGUUCAUAUUAUUUCCUGCAUUAACAGCACUUCUGGGAUCCCCGCUCAUCAACCGCACAUUGGCUGCACAUCGGCCGUGUAUUUCAUCUCCUCAUUUCUAUUCUUCAUGUAAUCAUGUCUGUAUGAUAAACAGCAACAUGUAUUAGCUGUAGAGUAACAUAACACACUCUGACUCGCUGUGGAAAAGUAAACAGAGAACGUAGCCGGAAGCAGGCAACUGGCUAUCAGAGAGACCACACUGCCCUCAAGUAUUUUGGCGGAGGAUUGCUGCGCGACACGGACACAUCGACACACAAGUAUGUGGUGCUCAUGUCCGCGUCAGCCCCUGCUGCUUAGGGGAGACGCCGAAGUAUAAAUCAGCCUUAAAAUAUUUUUUCUAAGUGUAAAGAAAUUUGAAACACUAAAACGUGUGACUCUAAGCACUUUAAGCGUCGGUGGUGAUAGAAAGUUAUCUAACAUUCCCAAACUCCUGAAAAUCAGUGUUCUUGUUGCAGUGUGUCAGUGGUCUGUACAUCAAAGUCCAAAAGCUCUAAAGUGUUUGAUUGUGCGAUCAAUGAGCAGCCCCUCAGCGCCCAGCUUUCAUGUUUAUUUUAUUUCUAAUGUGUUUGCAGCCGUCUGAUACAGAGAACUACACUAAUGAUGUUUACAUUCACAUGCAGUCGUGUUUGUGCAGAAAAAGUCGAUCUCUGGAUGGAUUGGAUCAAUAAGACUCAUGAAGGAACCUGAACACAUCACUGCUUCCAAAAGACACUGAAGACUCAAUACAACACACGAUGAACACACAAUGAACACAUAAUGAACACAUACUACACAAUGCGUGUUUGUGUGUGUGUGUCAUCUACACUUAGCCAUUUGGGUUGUAAAGGGCAUCUCCACUCAAUCACAUAAUGAAACACUCAAUUUGCCUUUUCGAGCUAUGUUCAGCUUUAAAAGGUUACACUGCAUGUGAAGGAACAUAUAAAGGGAGAGUUCACGUUUGUUACAAAACUGCACUUAUUAUAGUAAUCUUGAUGUUUUCAACUAUAUUGUACAUACCGGGGUUUCUGCUUAGACCUGGUCAAGAAGUCCUUCAUCAUUGCCAGCAGUGUGUUGUGCCAAUAAAGGGCUGUUUCACUGACCACGUCAGUCUCACAGACUUGUAAUAAGGAUCUCAUCUUCACAUGGAGCUUAAUAGUUUACUAUAAUAAACAGCUGUAAGGCAGGUGCAGCUGUACAGGGAACUCUUAAAUCUGUGUGAUCAUUAAUUCAAUAAAAACAAAAGGUGCCACCUCCA